AUGAAGCCCUGCGCAAGGGCGGCUUGCGGCCAUUGCGGCCAGAACGUUGGCCUCCUGGGUUUAACAGGACUAGGCAUAACGCUCCGGCGCCACGAGAAGCGCUGCCGGGCCAGACGUGCAGCGCCACCGCCACCACCACCACCACCACCCGCUGUCUGCGAGCUCCUGCCGCGGGUAGAUGUGAGCAAGGACAUCCAAUGGAUGUCAGCCCAAGAGAUGGGCAACAUGCUCACCAUCACCGGAGCCGAGCUGAAGGCGCUGCUGGAGGAGGACGAGGAGACAAGGGAGCAGGUCACCAAAAGCGCGUUUGUGGCCUGGCGCCCCGGUGCCCAUGAGGGUGCGCCCCUCCGGGUCGCCAUGCUGGUGGGACCCGGGGACACCGCUGACACGGUCCAGGUCAAGGCUGAAUCCCCAUAUUUGGGACCGAUCGACCAGAUCGUGAGCCUGGAGUGCCUCGACGACGGCUUCCUCAAGCAGAGGACCUGGGGCCAAUCCGUGGCAAUGACGUCUUUUUUCGAUUGCAAGGUGGCGACCGCGCGCUGCAGAACGUUGCAGAACUGUGCCCGUCGCCUAGCCGCACGUGGCGGCGGCUAA